GUACGGGGAAGUUUUAAUAGACCGAAUCGCCCGCUUCGAGAAGUUUCUUCGGCCGACCAAUCCCAAUGUCCAUUUCGAUGAUCGUGGCUCACCAUUGGUAGAUAAGUUUUGAGCAUUGUCAUAGAGGGGUAAAGAUACACUAUGUAUAUAUGUAUAGCUCAUAAUUGCGUUUGUACUUGAAGACGAGAAAAGAGACGAAAGUACUGGAACGCGUUACAUCGUAGAUCGUUUGUAGCUAUAAUUAACAUCGCGAAAAACGUUUCUCUUUACUGCGCCAAAUAUUUCUUCUGAUCUAAAUAUCGACUUUCCUGAUUAGACAUCAUAUUAUUCAUUUAAUAUCAAAAUUAACAAAUUUCUCUAACAAUUAUAUUGUCCUUUUUGAUUUCCUUAAAAUUUUUUGUUGUUGUUUAUAGAUUGUAAAACAUUCUGGAAUGGAAAUUAAUACAUGUUGUGUUGUUGCUACGUUUACACUCACAUGCGUGAACGUCAUGACGUUUCUAGUACGACAUAAAACGAAAUUUCUACGUAUAAUCUGAAACUAUAUUAAGAAAUGCAAAUUUAACAUAAUAAAAUGAUGUAUAUAUAAUUUUUUACAAUAAAAACAAAGAUAACCUAUAUGUAAAAUAUUAGGUAUGAAAUUUCAUGGAUAUUCAUUAUCGAAAUUAUAGAUCGAAUAACUAAAUUUCUUAAAAUACGAUAGAUAAUCAUUAAAGAUGUAAUAACUGUUAAAAAAUUUUCUUAGCCGAUACAUUAUAUGGUGCAAAUAUAAAUUGUUCGUAUAAAAGCCAAUCAUGAUAUACUUUUUUAAUCUGUAACCAUGGUAUCUGAAUAUACACAUAACUGAAAAACAAAACAAAUUUAUCUAAUUUCGUGAAACUUUUUAAACUUAAAAUAAACUUCGAAUAUAAUAUUUUAAAUAUAAAUAUCUUGCAUUUUGUAUACACACACACGCACAUACACACACAUGUUUAUAUACGUUUAUAUAUGAUACAACAAUGUAAAAAAUAACCAAUGAGGAAAAAAGCUUUUAUCACAUAUUCCGAUUGGCAUUUGAUAAAUAGAAGGUGCUUAGUGCUGUUCUAUGAUGUUUGGUUAUAGUUACAGUGUUCACCUGAAUUUGGCGGGAACAGAGAAUAUUUUAAGUCAAUUCACCGUGUAUAACCUUCGUAACCUUCAUUUGUAAGAGUUUAUUCGAAUAGUUUUAUUUAUUCUUAUAAAAAUGAAUUUACCAGCGAAAAUUAAGAAGUUAGAUGAAGUUGUAGUAAAUAGAAUAGCAGCUGGUGAAAUCAUUCAGAGACCAGCAAAUGCAUUGAAGGAAUUAAUAGAAAAUAGCCUAGAUGCUAAAGCUACAAAUAUACAGAUAAUAGUGAAAGAAGGAGGAUUGAAAUUAUUACAGAUUCAAGAUAAUGGAACAGGUAUUAAAAAAGAUGACAUGGAAAUUGUAUGUGAAAGAUUUACUACUAGCAAAUUACAAAAUUUUGAAGAUCUCAAAGCAAUAUCAACAUUUGGAUUCCGUGGAGAAGCUUUAGCAAGUAUUAGUCAUAUUGCUCUUCUAACUAUAACAACUAAAACGUCUGAUGAGAAAUGUGCAUAUAGAGCAACAUAUAUUGAUAGUAAAUUAAAAGAGCCACCAAAACCAUGUGCUGGUAAUCAAGGUACAACAAUAACUAUUGAAAACUUGUUUUACAAUGUUGCAACUCGACGAAAAGCAUUGUCCAAUGUCUCUGAAGAAUUUACUAAAAUUACAGAUAUAAUAAUAAAAUAUGCUAUACAUAAUCCCAAAGUUGGAUUUAUAUUAAAAAAACAUGGAGAGACAACACCACAAGUUCGAACAACACAUAAUUCUACUAAAAUGAAUAAUAUAAGGAUAUUAUAUGGAAAUCCAGUGGCAAGAGAGUUAUUAGAAAUUGAGCUAGAAGAUGAAAGUUAUCAAUUUAAAAUGCAUGCACUAAUAACAAAUCCAAAUUAUACAAGUAAACGAAUGAUAUUUUUAUUAUUUAUUAAUAACCGUCUUGUAGAAUCUACUCCAAUUAAAAAAAUGUUAGAGGAGACAUAUACAAUAUAUCUUCCAAAAAAGACUCAUCCAUUUUGUUACAUAUCCUUGGAAAUUAAUUCAAAUAAUGUUGAUGUUAAUGUACAUCCAACAAAACAUGAAGUUAGAUUUCUUCAUGAAGACUCUAUAAUUGAAAAAGUAAAAUUGGCUUUAGAUGAAAAGCUAGCUGGUGAUAGUGCUUCAAGAACCUUUUACUUACAGGCACGCUUGCCAAAAGUAGAUGUCACUAAGGAAACUUUGAAAGAAGUUUUACCUGAAUUUGAAAAGGAGAAUUCAGAAAAACAAAAAAAAAUACACCAAAGAGAAUUAAUCAGAACUGAUUCUUCUGACCAAAAGCUUGAUAAGUUUAAUUUUACUAUACAUACUGCUAUGAAAAUUGCUAGAAGUAAUAGUUCUGAACGAAUGGAAUCUAGUAUUCAAACUGAAAAAAUGCUUGAAUUAGAAAUAUCUAAUGAUAUCAAAAAUAAUGUUACUACAGAUGAUAUUUCUAUAGAUGUAAAAAAAAUAGAUAUAGCAAAUAAUGAAUCUGAACAUUUAAAUAUCAUCACAAAUGAUUCCAAACCAUCCCAGUCAAUUUCGUCAGAAGCAAUUGCAUCAACAUCAAAUAAUAGUGUUGUAUCUACUAAUAAUAUUAAUUUAAAUACUUAUCAAGAAGAAGUUUUACUAAUGUCAGAAUCUGAUUCAGAUGAUUCUUGUAAUGAAGAACAAAAUGGAAUAAAUAAAUGUAAUGAUUCAAUUGCAAAAAAUGCACGUAAAAGAGUAUAUCAAUAUUUCGGUAAUAAGAACAUCGAAGAUUUGGAAAAAGAACUGCCAGAAACAAAACCAGAUAUUAAUAUAAAAGAAAAAAAUAAUGAUAAUAAAAUGGAACAAUAUAAUAAACGAUGUACUGAAGAUAAUGUUGAUUCCAUAUCUCAAACAAAUGUUACUAAAGAAAAUAAGUCAAUACAGGAAUUCAAAUCUUAUUCUAUAAACAAUUUUAGAAGAGAAGUAAAAUUAACUAGUGUAUUAAAAUUGAGAAAAGAAGUAGAAGAUAACUGUCAUCAAGGAUUAAGAGAAAUUUUAUCAAAUUUAAUAUUUGUUGGAUGUAUUGAUGAAGUAUCUACAUUGAUACAAAGUGGUGUAAAUUUAUAUAUAUGCAAUACCAAAAAAUUAGCAGAGGAACUAUUCUAUGAAAUUAUGCUGUAUGACUUUGCUAAUUAUGGUGUCAUAAAGUUUUCAGAUCCAAUAUCUCUAUAUGACUUAGCCAUCUUGGGAUUAGAAACUGAAGAAGCAGGAUGGACGGAAGAAGAUGGCCCGAAAGAAGAACUAGCUACGAGCGUGAAAGAAUUAUUACUAGAAAAAGCAGAUAUGAUGAAAGAAUAUUUUUCUAUAGUCAUAGAUAAAAAAGGAAAUUUAAAAUCAUUACCAAUAUUAUUAGAUAAGUACUUUCCAUUUGAGGGAGGCUUACCAAUAUAUAUUUUGCGCUUAUCAACAGAAGUUGAUUGGACUACUGAACAGCCAUGUUUCCAAAAUAUUUGCAGAGAAACAGCAAGAUAUUUCAGUGAAAUGAAUCCUAUUCAUAAUACACACGACUGGAAAUAUGUUACAGAACAUAUUUUAUAUCCAGCAAUUAAGGAAAGUUUAUUACCUCCAAAACAUUUUGCUCAUGACUCAACUAUAUUACAAAUAACUAGUUUACCUGAUUUAUACAAAGUAUUUGAAAGAUGCUAAGUAAUAAAUUCUUCCAUACC